AUGGACUCGUCCUUGCCCGACCAAGUCUCGCCCGAGGAUGUCGGCUCCGGCGUGCCGUCCAGCCCUCCCUCCGAAGUCCGCAGCGAAGUGAGGAAGCCAAAGAAGAAAAAGGUGCUGCUCAUGGGCAAGUCGGGCUCCGGCAAGUCGAGCAUGCGCAGCAUCAUCUUCAGCAACUACAUCGCCCGCGAUACCCGGCGCCUAGGUGCCACCAUCGACAUCGACCUCUCGCACGUCAAGUUCCUCGGCAACCUCACCCUCAACCUCUGGGACUGCGGUGGCCAGGAAGCCUUCAUGGAAAACUACCUCUCCCAGCAGCGCGUCCACGUCUUCUCCAACGUCGGCGUCCUCAUCUACGUCUUCGACAUCGAGUCCCGCGACGUCGACCGCGACCUCGCCACCUACGUCUCCAUCCUCUCCGCCCUCCUCCAGUUCUCCCCCUCGGCCAACAUCUACGUCCUCAUCCACAAGAUGGACCUCGUCGUCCCCGUCGCCCGCGAGACCGUCUACGACGAGCGCGUCCGCCUCAUCAAGCAGAAGACGAGCGAGUACGUCGCCUCGGUCGGCGGCGACAUGGCCGACGUCGACCUCACCCCCUUUGCCACCUCCAUCUGGGACCAGAGCCUCUACAAGGCCUGGGCCUCCAUCAUCCACGAUCUCGUCCCCAACCUCUCCGUCAUCGAGCAGAACCUCGCCAACCUGGGCAUCGCCAUCGAGGCCGAGGAGAUUCUCCUCUUCGAGCGCACCUCCUUCCUCGCCGUCUCCGCCUGGACCUCCGCCGAGGGCCAGCGCAACCCGACCGAGGACCGGCUCGAGCGCAUGUCCAACAUCAUGAAGCACUUCAAGCAGAGCAUCUCGCGCUUCACCGGCACCCCGCGCAACGCCGAGCAGUUCAUCCGCAUGGAGCACAAGGCCGGCAUGCGCUUCAACCUCUUCAUCCUCAAGUUCACCACAAACACCUACCUCAUGGUCGUCCUGCCGCCGGGAGAGGCGCGCUUCAACGCGGCCAUGCUGAACUGCCAGAUUGCCAUCGAGCACUUCAAGUUCCUCGACGGUCCUGCCGGCCAGAGUUCCACGCCGGCCGCCGGCUGA